AUGCCAUUCCUUCUCAAGAAGCCAGAAGACUCGGCUGGCUCGGCUCUGCCGGCCAUUGCCAUUGGUGUCUUCGUUGCUUUUGGUGGUGUCCUCUUCGGAUAUGACACUGGGACCAUUGGCGACAUUCUGGGUAUGGAUUACUGGCAGAACCACUUCUCCACUGGCUACGUGAAUCCCAAGACCAACCAUAAGGAUGUCACUUCCAGCCAGACUUCCGAAAUCGUCUCCAUUCUCUCAGCCGGAACGUUCUUCGGGGCUCUAACUGCCGGUCCCACUGGUGACUUCUUCGGUCGCCGCUACGGUUUGAUUGUUUCCACCAUGGUCUUCACAUUGGGUGUCAUCCUCCAGACUGCCGCAACGGCCAUUCCCAUGUUUGUUGCCGGUCGCUUCUUCGCAGGAUACGGCGUCGGCAUGAUUAGUGCUCUGAUUCCCCUGUACCAGUCGGAGACUUCACCCAAAUGGAUCCGUGGCACCGUUGUUGGCUGCUAUCAACUUGCCAUCACCAUCGGCUUGCUGCUCGCUUCUAUUGUCGGAAACGCCACAAAGAACCGUAACGACUCUGGCUCCUAUCGUAUUCCUGUCGCUGUCCAGUUCGCGUGGGCCAUCAUACUCGUCGCUGGAAUGCUUCUCCUGCCCGAGACUCCUCGCUUCCUCAUCAAGACGGGCAAGCCCGAGCAGGCUGCCAAGUCGCUUUCUCGCUUGAGGAAGCUUGACAUCCAGCACCCUGCUAUCGUUGAGGAACUGGGCGAAAUCACCGCCAAUCACGAGUACGAGCUGUCUCUCGGCAAGUCCACCUACGCUGACUGCUUCCGCGGCAAUCUUGGCAAGCGCCUGGCUACUGGAUGUCUGCUCCAGGCUCUCCAGCAGCUGACUGGUGUUAACUUUAUCUUCUACUACGGCACUUCCUUCUUCAAGAAUGCUGGCUUCCAAAACCCCUUUACUAUCUCUCUUAUUACCUCAUGUAUUAACGUUGCGUCUACCUUCCCUGGCUUGUGGAUGGUCGAAGCUUGGGGUCGUCGCAGGCUGCUUCUCUUCGGAGCCAUUGGCAUGGCAGUUUGCCAGUUUAUCGUGGCCAUUACCGGGACCGUCACCUCGGUGACCGACCUGCCUGCCCAGCGCGCCAUGAUCGCGUUCGUCUGUAUUUACAUCUUCUUCUUCGCAUCCUCCUGGGGGCCCGUCGCGUGGGUCGUCACUGGCGAAAUCUUCCCCCUUAAGGUCCGGGCCAAGUCUCUUUCCAUGACGACGGCUUCCAACUGGUUGCUGAACUGGGCCAUCGCCUAUGCCACGCCUUAUCUCGUCAACAACGAUCCCGGUGAUGCCAACCUGGGGGCCAAGGUCUUCUUCAUCUGGGGCGGAUGCUGUUUCAUCUGCAUCUUCUUCGUCUGGGCGAUGAUCUACGAGACCAAGGGGCUGUCGUUGGAACAGGUCGACGAGCUCUACGGCAAGGUCAACAAGGCUUGGAAGAGCAAGAAAUUCGUGCCUACCGUCUCUUUCCAGGAGGUUGCGGACCUGCACCCUCAGCGCGGCAUGUCGCUGGCCGAGGCCGAGGACCAGGCUGUGCGCAAGAAGAGCGUCAGCCACACCACCGAGAAGGUCUAA